ACUUCCAUUUGUGGCUUCGUUCCGAAAAGUACAAACUUCUACAAUGAAAAGAUCAACGCACUGCAGGUGGGUAAGGUCUGAGUGUGGCUGGGUGACCCAAAGUACCAUGGAUGCACAAUCUGAAGCAGCCUGCCAGACUGAUGUCCCUACCACGAUGCAACAGGAGGCACAGGUACCCACCCCCUCAACUGCAACAGAUUCCCCACAACGAACUGGAGCCAUCGGAAAAAUCAGCACAGUCAGCGGUAGCAACAAUCCUACCAUUGUUGGUUCAAAUGUAGUCAACUUCUACAUCUCGCCGUCGGAUGGAGCAGGAGUACUUCCACAGACUCGGAAACCAGACCAAGAACCAAGAGUGGCGGAUCUCAACCAAGAAGUCGGUUACAAGACCAGGGACAUUUUGAGGAAAUGGUACAAGACAACGCGCAGUUAUGUUCAGUUGAACCCUGGGGUUCCUGAUGAUCAAAGACCCAUUGUUGGCAUUUACACUAAAUUGCGGGUUAGAACAAAGAAAGGUUCUGUAGAAGAAGAAUAUUCUGACGAAAUUGUAUAUUCUACAGAGUAUGACAAGAUAUUUAAAGAUUGGCCCGAGACUGAGUUCAAUCGUGCUAUUUUAUUUGGCAUUGGUGGUGUCGGGAAGUCAACCAUUUUUGACAAGAUUGCAUAUGACUGGGCUGAUGAGGCAUGUGAAAUCCUGAAAAGAUUCACGCUUGUCUUUCUUUUAAAGAUGUGUGCCUUGUUCCAAGAAUCAGAUCUUGUUGAUUCCACUUUUGAUCAACUUCUAGGCGAAACAUCUGGAGUAGCCAAAGUUGAACUUGAUAAAUUCAUUCAGGGCAACUCAGAUAAGGUCUUGAUUCUUUUGGAUGGUUUUGAUGAAAUGAAGACCAAAACACUUGAUGCAGCCUCAUUCGGUUCUAUCCUCAAAGCACUCAAUAGAACAGCAUACAGGGAUUGCUUCAUCUGUGUUGCAACUCGCCCCUCUCAUCUUGAGACACUGAUGUCAAAAUCACUUGUCCAAAAUCCUUGCACACACAUAGAGGUUCUGGGGUUUACUGAUGAGGAUGUCAAUGAAUACAUUCGGAAAUUCUAUUACAAAGAUCCUGAUGUUGUCAAUGCACUAAUUCAACACAUUGCACAGUCGAACACGAUGCAUGAUUUUGCAAGUAACCCAAUGUUACUUCUUCUCAUAUGUUUGUUGUGGAGGGAGAAAAAACAACUCCCCAAAACAACUUCACGCCUCUUCACUGAGGCAGUUGAUAACAUGUUUACAAGAAAAGGAUAUAGCUCCGAAGAUGCAUCAAAAACAGUGAUUGCUAUAGGCAAAACUGCACUGAGUGGAUUCAUAAGUGCCGACCAGAAUUUCUCAUUUCAAAAAGAUGAGUUUGAACCAAAUGCGCUGGACCUGGCACUGAAAGCGGGCAUCCUAACCCAGGAGAGAGUUAUCAAAGACCUCAAAUGCCACAACAACAUACAAUUCACGCACAAGACUAUUCAGGAAUACUGUGCUGGGAAAUACUUGCAAAGUGUACAUUUGUCAAGCCAGGGAUUUGUACAGAGUACAGUGUACAAAGUUGUACCAAUGGGAAAAUUUCAAAAACAAUUAAGGCAACUUUGCCGGUCAGUUGAGUGCAUUGUUUCAAAUGAGUUCCUUUUACGUUUUUGUUGUGGUGACAAUAAAAAGUGUAUGACAGACAUUGUAACCUUGCUUGAACGUAAGUUCAAGGAGCAUGAUCAGCCCGGAUACAUGUACCAAAAAGCUGUUACACAAGCGAUCAGUAGACAAUGUUUUUUUGAAAGCCAAUCCAAAAAGGUCCCACGGUGUCUCACCAGCUACUCACUCAUCCCAUCAGAUAUCGAGGUGAAUAACAAUACUGAUUUCCGCAUUUUCAUAUACGUUCUUGAAAUCAUCUGUAGGUCAGAAUUCCAGGUGUCACAGCUGGCAUGCAUUGAAACCAUGAAGGUUUCUGAUGUGUCUUCAGUCAGUGGUUUAGCCUUUGCCAUGGGUUACAUGGAAAACCUCAGUCAUCUGAUGCUCUGGAGUUGUCCUUUAGUGAAGGGUGAGCUUGAGAAAAUCCUGUCAUCACUGAAAUGCAACAAUCUCUUGACCAGUCUUGACAUAAAUGGUUGCUAUACAUUGAGAGGUAGAGCUGUAGAGUGGGCCCCUCAUAUCAAACACUUGACAAGCCUUGAGAAACUUGAAGUAAGCUUGAGCCAACUGGAGAGCACAGACAUUGAACACAUUGCCUCGGCUGUACAUGACAUGCCCAAACUGACUGACUUAAAUCUUAAUAGCAACAAUUCAUUGGGUGAAUGUGCUGCAGUGUGGGCCAAGGAAUUGCCAAAAAUGAUGCACUUGCAUAAGCUGGACCUGAGCUGGUGCAAUUUGACACAGUCAGACAUUCCACACAUUGCCUCAGCUGUAGGUAACAUGUCAAGCCUGGCUGAGUUGAUCCUAGAAGGCAACAAGUCAUUGGGUGGAUGUGCUGCAGUGUGGGCCAAGGAAUUAUCCAAAAUGAUGCACUUAAAUAAGCUGAACCUGAGCUGGUGCGAUUUGACACAGUCAGACAUUCUACACAUUGCCUUGGCUGUAGGUGACAUGCCCAGACUGACUGACUUGAAUCUUGAUGGUUACACAUCAUUGGGUGGAUGUGCUGCAGUGUGGGCCGAGGAAUUACCCAAAAUGAUGCAUUUAAAUAAGCUGGACCUGAGCAAUUGCAAUUUGACACGGUCAGACAUUCCACACAUUGCCUCGGCUAUAGGUAACAUGCCCAAACUGACUGGCUUGGAUCUUCGUUGGAACAGGUCAUUGGGUAAAUGUGCUGCAGUGUGGGCCAAGGAAUUAUCCAAAAUGAUGCACUUAAAUAAGCUGGACCUGAGCUAUUGCAAUUUGACACGGUCAGACAUUCCACACUUUACCUCGGCUGUAGGUAACAUGCCCAGACUGACUGAGUUGAUUCUUCUGGGCAUUGGACAGAUGGGAUGAGUUACAGUCCCUCUUCCCAUCACUCAGGGUUGCAUUGUAAUUCUCCCUUGCCAAGCUCACUCUAGAAUUACAUGUACUAGACAUAACAAUAUCAAAAUGAUAACAUUCUCAGUAAAAGGAAAUUUUACAAGAAAAUCAACGAAAUUAGAGGGUCUAAUGUUUCAAUCCUAAGCUGGACUAUUCUCACAGGCAAAACAUGGUAAUACAUUCUCAAUUUAGAUCGUCAGUAGGGUCACACUGCAUGUAAGACAAUUAGCUGUUCACCAUUGAAAAAAAAUACUAUAUAUAAAAUCAGGGACCUGUGCAAAUUCCAAAAACAGAUAAUUAAAAAUGUGUUAUUCCAGGAUGUCUGCUUGCAAUUUAAACAUAAACAUCAUAACACAUUGUGGAUUCAGAUGGUCAGUAUAGGGUCACACUGCGUGUAAGAUAAUUAGCUGGUCACCCUCUACAUAUGACACUGUAGUUUGUCAUCAAAGUCAAACUGACACUCUUAAAGUCCCGGGUCAGAUAUAACCUUGCAUCCGGGUCAGAUAUAACCUUGCAUCCGAGACAGACUGGAACUAACACUCUUCUGGGUCAAAUAACAAUUUUCUUGUCAAAUGGCCAGAAAGGUGACCCAAGAGAAGUGUUAUUUUGACCCGGAAAAUUGUCAGGUCAAAUCUGAUCUGGAUUUGGGUCGAAUCUGACCCGAGACUUUUUAGAGUGUGUAUGAUUUGCUGAUUGGGUCAAUGAGAAUGGACAAGGAACUGUAGAUUCAUGCUAAGAAUGGACGGGGCGAAUCUUGCACAAAUCUACAGUUCCAAGUCUAUUCUCUGACUUAAACUAUUUCUUAAAACAACAGCAGUUUAUGCAAAUAAGAUCCCUGGUUUACCACAAUCUCCAUGUUUGUGAAUAAGUGUAGAUUCCACAUCUGGAAACUCUUUAUAAAGUGGCAAACAGAAUUACUGUAGACUUCAGAUCUUUACGUGUGUGCACAAAAACAUCACUAAUUUGAAAACCCAGUAGAUAUAUGGUAUUUGUUGAUUUCUGAGGCUGUAUGGGUGGUUUGGUCCAUUUCCAAGUUGAGACUUGUUGGCCUGACAACAGUUGUAUUGAUGUAUCACGUUAAAACAAUGAUGUUUGCUGUGAUUAAUUCAACCUAAGAUGGAAAAUCCAUGUACAUUUUGUAAAUAAAAUUAUAUUUUUGGAGACUCAUUAGCCAAGUGGCUUUAUUGUACUUAACAGGCAUGCGACUUUUCCUCGAAUCCCUGAUUUCCUCGUUUUUUAGUACUUCUCACGAAUGCCAUAACAAAUUGAAAUACACUGCACAAGGUCUUGUGUGGUUUGGAAUGUCCUCGUUUUUUUUCCUUCUAAAUUCCCAGUUGCAUGUGUGACUUAUAAUACGGUUAAAAAAAUUAAGUAUUACCAAGAGUAGUUUUGGGAUUAUUCCAUCCACCAAUUAAUGACUUUUUUGGUAAAUAUUUGUUUUGAAAAGAAUGUUUAUGUUAUAUAUUUUUUAUAUUUUGUUUAAACUUUGGUGCAGAGGUUGGUGGGAAGAUCAGUUUUAAAAACUGCAAAAGAUGGAAUAACUGAUUUGACACAUCAUUGACAUGAUUGAAGGGGGGAACCUUAGCAAUUGUUUUGAGGUUUGUAUUCCUUGAAAAUUAAAACUAUUACAUGAAAAAUGAAGACAAAGGAUUUUUUUUAAUCAACAACAAAGGGCACCUCACAAGGUGCAUUGGAAUUGUUUUCAUAAAUAUUUCAAAGAUUAUUAUGACAUAAUUAGAUGUUAAAAGAGUGUGAUGUCAAUUCACUGUCUAUUUCACAAAGUUUUUAAUAUUUUUUUUCAUUUAUAGUGUAAUCAUACAUUAAUAGACUCACUCUCUUCAACAUAACUAGAAAAUUUUCAUUUGUUGCAAGUAGGGCAAGUCCAAGAAAAGGUCCCAUAUGUAACCUACCAUCUUUAUCACGACGAUAAAGGUGGGUACGGUAUUCUCCUUUCAGAUGUCCAACAGUAGAAUACAAAAAAAACAACACAUUGAUCUAAUUGCUUUUUAGAAGGUUAAACUUUCCUGGGACAUAACGCGUGUAAAAUCUUGGACUUGCCCAGUUAUAAAUAGCCUGACGGAGUAGACAUAUGGAUUGCAUUCCGGUUUCAUAUUAAAAUACAUGAUGUUAGUAUCUCA